AUGACACCUACAUCUACAUCCGCGUCCGCGUCCCUCAGCUCCAAUUCGACCCCCAACAUCUCCGCAUCCGACGCCGUCCUUCACCUCAGCAGUGCUACACACAUCGACGCACCCUCACAAGAUGUCUGGAAUGCUCUAAUCGACACCUCCACCUGGCCAACGUGGAACACCUUUGUCCCGCGAGUUACCAUCCGCGAACAACCAAACUCCCCCGAUGCCUCCCCCGACUCCCUCUCCCCGAUCCUACAAAAAGGAACCAGAAUGACCUUCCACGUACACAUGAAUCCCUCGUCGACCAAACCGCAAAAGGCAAACGAUACCCAGCUUGCAGUCAUCGAAUUUGAGCCGCCGAAUCCCAGCGCCAAGAAACCCGGGCGCAUUGUGUGGGCCAGCGACCCCAAUGCCAAGGGCGGAUUUCCUACGUCGCUGCUGACGGCAGAAAGGGUACAUGAGAUUGUGGAGGUAGAGGUCCCAGGGGAAGAUGGGCAGACGAGGCUGGGGACUGAUGUGCGCAAUUGGGAGGCCCAGGUUGGAUAUCUGGUGUAUAUUGUGCGGUGGAUGUUUGGGGGUCGAUUGAAGGAAAACUUUGAGAUUUGGGUACGGGAUCUGAAGGGAUAUGUUGAGGGGAAGUCGUCAGGAGUUUGA